AUGAAGGACUUGAAAACUUUAAAGGAAUUGGUGGCAAGCAUUACAGAUUGGAAGUCGCUUGAGAAGAUGUCUUGCAAACCCUUUAAGCCUUCCAUUUUGCAUUUGGCAAUAUCAAAAGAUGCGCCCCAGUUAUAUCGCGAAGAAGAGUUGAUUCAAUUAAAGAAUUUCAGCAAACUACUUUCAAGUGUUGAAUCGAAGCCAAAGACUAACAAUACUGGUCAGAGGAUGACCAGAAAAAGACAAAUUGAAGAGAUGCCUAAAGAGGAAAGAGUCACACCAGCAAUGAUUAAAAAACCAAGAAGGAUAAUCUUGGUACAGAACGGACCAUCACCAGAUUUGCCUGCAGAAUUCAAGGAUCGAGUCUCUGAGUUGAGUGGCCAUGAUCUUAAAUUUCUCAUGCACAAGAGACUCUUCUGCUCAGAUGUGAAGUCGAAUAGCAACCGUAUGUCAAUGCCCAUAAAUGAAAUUAAGUGUGAAUUUCUCACCGAAGCUGAAAUUACUAAAUUGGAUGAAAGAGAUGGUCCGAAUGGUAAAGGACGACUUGUUGGUGUGGAGGUGACUGUGUUGGACCCAUGCUUGAGAGAAUUUACUUUACUAUUGAAGAAGUGGAGCAUGCAAAGGACUGACACCUACAACCUCGUAACAAAUUGGAAUAGCAUCGUAUCUACUAAUAAGUUUGAAGAAGACCAAGAACUCCAAAUUUGGUCUUUUAGGGUUGGGAGCAAGCUUUAUCUUCUACUAAACAAACUACAAAUUGAUGAGAUGCCUAAAGAGGAAAGAGUCACGUCAGCAAUGAUUAAAAAACCAAGAAGGAUAAUCUUGGUACAGAACGGACCAUCACCAGAUUUGCCUGCAGAAUUCAAGAAUCGAGUCUGA